UUUCAAUCAGACAAAACUAAUCGCACUGAAAAGCCGCACAGCCUUGUGAAUCGAGUACCGAUCUGAGAUCUCAAGCAAACAUGGCGAAUGACAAGGAUCCUCUGACACAGUUAAAAGAUCUAACGCAGCUCAAGAGUCAGUUGGAGGAAAUCCAGAAGCGGGUAGAGCAGGAGGUCUCUGCAGGAAUACCCCAGGGAGGCUCUGUGGUUGGAUCUCCUCUACUGAAGGGUUUUGUCGCUGGCUAUGUGGUGGCCAAGCUGCGCUCCUCUGCCAUCCUAGGAGUACUGCUGGGAACGCUCACCGGCAUUUACGCAGCUCAGAACCAUCAGGUGCCCAACAUUGAGAUGACCAUCAGAGAGUACAUGAACAGCCUGAAAAAGGGGCCCAAAUAAGCAGAAUUGACAUUAAUUUUAUUUAUUUAUUAUUUUUAAUGGCCUAAACUGGAAUGAGGACAUGCUGUCGCACCUGCUGGCUUUACAAGACUCUAUUCAAGAUUUUGAUUUUCUUUUGGAUUGUGGUUACAAUCUGUGACUGGAAUUUCACUUGGGACUCAAAUAUACCUUUUUAUUAGUUUUACUUUAAUGUUGCUGUUACCUUUUUCUGAAAGUUCCAUCAUCAACACUGUACAGAACAUGGUGCCUACUGCAUUUAUCUAGACCUCUUGUUUACCAGAGCAGCUAUUUGAAGUCAGAUUUUGAAGUGUUCCUGCGAAGAGUUCCGUGCCAUCGUAUCUAUAUUUCUCUCUUAGUUAAAAUUUGUUCUAAUAAUGUUUUCAAGGUUAAAAAAACAGAGAAAUGUAAAGUAAAAUUUCAAGGUGUUUCGUUGAGGAUGAUUGUGAUUGAAAACGUGGGGCUCAGCUCCCCAGCUUGUAUUAAAGCGCCAUGGUUGAACAGGA